UGCGCCCUGUCAGGCGCCGCCAUUGUUCCACCGGUAAGACCCAGGUGUGGGUCCCCGGCGCCAUGAGCAAACGCAAGGCGCCGCAGGAGACCCUCAACGGCGGCAUCACGGAUAUGCUCGUGGAACUCGCAAACUUUGAGAAGAACGUGAGCCAGGCGAUCCACAAGUACAAUGCGUACAGAAAAGCGGCAUCUGUGAUAGCCAAGUACCCACACAAAAUCAAGAGUGGAGCGGAAGCUAAGAAACUGGUGAGCUUAAUGACCAUUUACAAAUUGUUUGCAUUCAUUUAUUUGGGAUAUGUACGAAUACAUGCAUGCAGCGGUGCCCAUGUGAAGGAUAUUGUACUUAAUGAAAUUAAAAAAGUGGACUCUGAGUACAUUGCUACAGUCUGUGGCAGUUUCAGAAGAGGCGCAGAGUCGAGUGGAGACAUGGACGUUCUGCUGACCCACCCAAACUUCACGUCAGAAUCCAGCAAACAGGUACCUCGGAAUGGAGGUGUUUGCCAGCUUCCCAGCGAGAAGGAUGGAAAGGAAUAUCCACAUAGGAGAAUCGAUAUCAGGUUGAUCCCCAAAGAUCAGUACUACUGUGGUGUUCUCUACUUCACUGGGAGUGACAUCUUUAAUAAGAACAUGAGAGCGCACGCCCUGGAAAAGGGCUUCACAAUCAAUGAGUACACCAUCCGCCCCCUGGGGGUCACUGGAGUCGCUGGGGAGCCCCUUCCUGUGGACAGUGAGCAGGACAUUUUUGAUUACAUCCAGUGGCGCUACCGGGAGCCCAAGGANAGAAGUGAAUGAUGCCCCUCCAGCCCCAGGCACAGCCCACUAGGAGUCCUAAUUUAUUUCUUAACCUUUGCUAUGUAAGGGUUUUUGGUGUUUUAAGCGAUUGCUUCUUCUCUGUGCUUACCAUGUACUAUAGUCAAUAAACUUCUUGAGCUAUUACUGAA